AUGGCCGGAAUCGACGCCCUUCUUCUCGCGCAGAACGAGGAUGGAUUCCCAAUGCUCCCGUCCGGAAACUCACAUAAUCUGGAUUCCGAGGCUUUAAAGCAUCAACUAGAAGGCAAAUUUCUGACACCGUCGCGCGAGUUCUCAACCGAAUGGCUCAACCUUCUGCAGCAACGGUGGGAGUUUGAAACCGACUACACGUCUCUAUUCAGGCUGGCACCUACUCAAACACGUACCGUGACGAGGUUUCAACGCCAUGGGCUGGAGGGCAGAGUCACUGGCUACAAGAACGUUACGGUACCUUCAAGUAGUGCCACGGCCAAAAACUCGACCAGUUUGCUUCGAAAACCAGCCAACCGAGCCGACUUUGUCCGCGGAGCUGCCGGAUUCUUCCCUUUUGCGCCCGGUGGUCUCGAUGGCAUAGAAGCAACAGCUGCUCUUGAGGACCAGGUUCACACUGGGGGGGUUGAGGAGGGCUCCAGAGCCAACAAGCUUGACAGGGUUAUUCAACUUGGCGAGGGUGGGCUGCUCCGGAUAGCCCCCGGCCUGGAUCGGGGCAUCGAUUUCAGUAAGAAAAAAGGCUCUCCUGAUGUGGAAGCGGCAAAUGCUCUCAAGAAAACUUUGGAAGAAGAGCCCGAAAGCGCUCAAGUGACGGAGGAGACAGAAGGGGAAUCACCGAAUGAAACACCGAAUGAAACACCGCUGGAUACAUCUGAUGCAAAUGAGGGAAAAGAUGAUAUCGACGAUAUUCUUCCUAUUGAAUUCCCGGCUCUGGAACCCCACGGUGUGUUAGCUGCAUCGAGUUCCCGUAAGGCUGGCCGUGAAUGGGCACACAUGGUGGAUAUCAGACAAGGAAUGCCAAACUUUCGAGAACUGGUCCCUGACAUGGCUAGAGAGUGGGAGUUUGAGUUGGACACCUUUCAGAAGGAGGCUGUCUAUCAUCUUGAGAACGGCGACUCCGUCUUUGUCGCUGCUCACACGUCAGCAGGCAAGACAGUUGUGGCUGAGUAUGCCAUUGCUUUGGCGGCUAAGCACAUGACCAAGGCUAUAUACACCUCACCCAUCAAGGCAUUGAGUAAUCAAAAGUUUCGGGACUUUCGACAGACGUUUGACGAGGUCGGCAUUCUCACCGGCGACGUGCAGAUCAAUCCCGAGGCAAGCUGCCUGAUUAUGACGACGGAGAUUCUACGAAGCAUGCUUUACCGUGGAGCCGACUUGAUUCGUGACGUCGAGUUUGUGGUUUUCGACGAAGUUCACUACGUUAAUGAUUUUGAGCGAGGAGUGGUCUGGGAAGAGGUCAUCAUCAUGCUGCCGGAACAUGUUACACUUAUUCUCUUGUCGGCCACGGUUCCCAAUACGUAUGAAUUUGCGUCAUGGGUUGGCCGCACGAAACAGAAAGACAUCUAUGUCAUUUCGACCUCCAAGCGUCCUGUUCCUCUCGAACAUUACAUCUGGGCAGGCAAGGAUGUUCACAGAAUCGUCGACUCGGAGAAGAAAUUUAUUGAAAAGGGCUGGAAAGAUGCACACGUAGCCUUGCAGGGCAGGGAGAGGCAAAAUCAUGCAGAGGCUGCCAUGGCCACGCGAGGAGGCAACCCCCGAGGCGGACAACGCGGUGGCCAGCAACGUGGAGGGCCGCAACAACGCGGCGGACGAGGAGGUGGCCAACAACGAGGUGGCAAUCAACAACGAGGUCGGGGAGGGCCACCUCGCGCCAGUCACAGUCCUGGCCACAUGGGCCGCGGAGGUCGUACUGGCGGCAUGACUUCUGCUGCCCAAGACAAGAAUCUUUGGGUACAUCUGGUUCAGUUUUUGCGAAAGAAGUCCUUGCUGCCGGCAUGUAUAUUCGUCUUUUCCAAGAAGAGAUGCGAGGAAAAUGCGGAUGCGUUGAGCAACCAAGACUUCUGCACAGCCCAGGAGAAGAGCCGCAUUCACAUGAUAAUCGAAAAGUCUAUUGCAAGAUUGAAACCCGAAGACAGACACCUACCACAAAUUAUUAGACUGAGAGAACUGCUCAGCCGAGGCAUAGCGGUGCAUCAUGGUGGGUUACUGCCAAUUGUCAAGGAAUUGGUGGAAAUCCUGUUCGCCCAGACCCUCGUCAAGGUGCUCUUUGCUACCGAGACGUUUGCCAUGGGCCUCAACUUGCCGACAAGAACUGUCGUCUUUUCGGGCUACAGAAAGCAUGAUGGACACUCGUUCCGCAAUCUGCUCCCUGGUGAGUAUACUCAAAUGGCAGGCCGAGCCGGUCGCCGUGGUCUGGACACUGUUGGUUCGGUCAUCAUUGUACCUCCAGGAAGCGCCGACGACGUGCCGCCUGCCGCUGAGCUGCGCAACAUGAUACUAGGUGAGCCGUCCAAGUUGCGGUCUCAGUUUCGUCUCACCUACAACAUGAUUCUCAACUUGCUCCGAGUCGAAGCGUUGAAGAUUGAGGAGAUGAUUAAGCGCAGUUUCUCAGAGCACGCUACGCAAGCACUGCUCCCUGAACACGAAAAGGAUGUCAAGCUCGCACAGGCUGAUCUGGCCAAGGUCAAGAGAGAGUCAUGCAAGGUUUGUGACACGGCCAUGGACGGAUGUCACCAGGCUGCGCAGGACUUCAAGCAACUCACACUUGAAUUAUACAAGAGUCUCCUUCGCAUCAGCAUCGGGCGCAGAAUGUUUGGUCAAGAGCGUCUCAUCGUGUUUAACUGGGAAGGUGUUCGGACAGUUGGCAUUCUGAUAUCAGAAGGCCUGAGCCCGAAAGGCACCCUGGAAGACCCUGUUCUCCACGUUUGCGCUAUCAAACCACUAAGAGAAAGACGAGAUGCCACAGACCAGCUGCCCUUCAUCCCUAGUUUCCGCAGAUACUUGCACAAGUUACCUCAGGGCAAGAAGCGCCUGCGCGUCAAGAACACUCACGUACCGCUGAGCGACGUAGAGUGCUUGACCAGGUGGGUUCUCAAGGGCACAAUCCCAGAGAUCUUCCAGGCUGGCGAGGCUGGUCAACAAGCCAUGGAGAAAUUGCAGGCUCUCUGCUCGGCUUGGGACGACCGGUGGGACGAAAUUGACAUGGUCAAGAUCAAGAGUCUGCAGAUGCAGGAGAUUGUUGAGAAGAGAAUGCAGCUAGUUAGGGCGAUUUCCACCUCUCCCGUCACUCAGUGCCCAACAUUCCUGAAACACUUUGCCAUGUGCCACGACGAGUGGCUCAUCAAAGAGCACAUCUCGCAGCUCAAGCAGUCCCUUUCCGACCAAAAUCUCCAGCUCCUACCCGACUACGAGCAACGUGUCCAGGUCCUCAGGGAGCUCGACUUCAUCGACGAUGCCACGCGGAUCCAGCUCAAGGGCAAAGUAGCAUGCGAGGUCCACUCGGGCGACGAACUCGUCCUCACCGAACUCAUCCUCGACAACGUCCUCGCCGAUUUCGAGCCUGCCGAAAUCGCCGCCCUCUUGUCAUCCUUUGUGUUCCAGGAGAAGACUGCAGUCGAGCCGACAUUGACAGGCAACCUGGAGCGCGGGCGGGACACCAUCAUUGCGAUUUCUGAAAAGGUCAACGACGUACAGACCAGGCUGCAGGUGAUUCAGUCAGCCGACGACUCCAACGACUUUGUGUCGCGACCGAGAUUCGGCCUCAUGGAGGUCGUGUACGAGUGGGCCAGGGGGAUGAGUUUCAAGAACAUUACGAGCCUGACGGAUGUACUCGAGGGCACAAUUGUACGCACGAUUACCAGGCUAGACGAGACGUGUAGGGAGGUAAAGAAUGCGGCGAGGAUAGUGGGGGACCCCGAGCUGUAUCAGAAGAUGCAAGAGGCGCAGGAGUUGAUCAAGCGGGACAUCACCGCCGUGGCGAGCUUGUACAUGUAA